AUGAAAUACAUUUUGGUCACCGGCGGUGUCAUGAGUGGCGUGGGCAAAGGCAUCAUCGCCUCGUCCAUCGGCACGCUUCUGAAGUCCUGCGGCGUCCACGUGACGUCCAUUAAGAUCGAUCCGUAUCUGAACAUUGACGCCGGGACAUUCUCACCUUACGAACACGGUGAAGUGUAUGUGUUGGAUGAUGGUGGUGAAGUUGAUUUAGAUUUGGGCAACUAUGAACGAUUUCUUGAUGUCACUUUGCAUAGCCAGAACAACAUUACGACUGGCAAAAUAUACCAAGAAGUUAUCAAUCGGGAGAGACGUGGCGAUUACUUGGGAAAAACUGUACAAGUUAUACCCCAUAUCACAGAUGCGAUACAAGAAUGGGUUGAACGUGUAGCCAAACAACCAGUGAGCGAUGAUAAAGUAGAACCUGAUGUUUGUGUUGUUGAACUUGGUGGUACAAUUGGUGAUAUAGAAAGUAUGCCAUUUGUUGAAGCUUUUAGACAGUUUCAAUUUAAAGUAAAAAAGGAAAAUUUUGUGUGUGCUCAUGUUUCAUUUAUUCUACAGCCUGGUGCGACUGGAGAUGAUAAAACAAAACCAACUCAAUCCAGUGUUCGUGAAUUAAGAGGUUUAGGUUUAACACCCGAUCUUGUUAUUUGUAGGAGUACAAAACCAUGUUCUAAUGUUGAACAAGUUAAAAGAAAAAUAUCAACUUUCUGUGAUGUAGCUUCAAGACAAGUAUUGUUUAUGCACGAUUUGGAUUCAAUAUAUAAAGUUCCUUUAUUUAUGGAAAAUCAAGGUGCUUUAGAAUUUUUACAAGAUCGUUUAAAUUUCCCUAUAAAUGUGGCCUAUAAUCGGAUUUAUAUGAAACAGUGGAAAAAACUAUCGGACAAAAUUGACAGUUCUCAAAAAAUUAUAAAAAUAGCUCUAGUUGGUAAAUACACACAACUUACUGAUGCAUAUGCAUCAGUUUCUAGAUCUUUGAUUCAUGCUGCUGCUCAUAUCAACCAUAAAGUGGCUAUUACAUAUGUUGAAGCUGCAAAUCUUGAAAAUGAAACUAAAUUAUCAAAUCCAGUUGAUUACCAUGAAGCAUGGCAAAAGUUAUGCCGUAGUGAUGGUGUAAUUGUACCUGGAGGAUUUGGUACUAGAGGUGUUGAAGGUAAAAUAGAGGCAUGUAAAUGGUGUCGAGAAAAUCGUAAACCAUUUUUGGGAAUUUGUCUUGGUUUGCAAGUUGCUGUUAUUGAAUUUGCCAGAAAUGUAUUACAUUUGGAAAAUGCUGAUACUACUGAAAUAAAUUCUAAUGCCAAAAAUCCAUUAAUAAUCGAAAUGCCUGAACAUUGUCCCGAAAAUAAAGGUGGUACAAUGAGGCUCGGUAAAAGAACAACGGUCUUUAAAAAAGAUAAUUCAUCUAUUAUACAUAAACUCUAUGGUGGAUUUGAAACAAUUGAAGAAAGACAUCGUCAUCGUUAUGAAGUAAACAAUGAUUAUGUAGAACGUCUAGAAAAAGCUGGUUUAAAAUUUGUUGGAACAGAUACAGAAAAAGUUAGAAUGGAAAUAUGUGAACUUGAUGAUCAUCCAUAUUAUGUGGCUACACAAUUCCAUCCGGAAUAUUUAACCAGGCCUUUAAAACCAUCACCCCCAUUUUUAGGUUUAAUGUUAGCUUCAAGUGGCAAACUCAAAUCAUAUCUGAAUAAUGAAUGUCGUUUUACUCCGGAUGAAAGCUGUUCAGAGGAUGAAUGCAAUGAUGUAUCAUUCAAACUUCAAGAUCUUUCAAUGACACAUUCAAGUAUCAAUGAUAAAUCUGUAUGA